AUGGCACUUCCUGCUCUUAAAUGUCCAUUUUUAUCACAAUUAACUUUACAACAAGUUCGAGCUUCAGCUCCACAUAUUCUCAAUGCUGGUGUUGAAUCAUGCCCAAUAUUUAGUCAAUUUGCUCGAAAAAUCUCAACAACAAAUGUUCAUGAAUCAGGCAAUUUAUCAUCAUCAUCAAUGUCUCGUCCACUGAGUAUGAAUGAAAUCAAGGCUGUUCAUGAAAAGAUGCUUGAAAAACGAAAUCAACAAUGUUCAUCAUCGAAAAUUAAACCAACUGUUAAAACAUUAUUUCAUAAGAAAACACCUAGUCCAUAUGGUGAAAUUAUAAUCUCAAAUGAAUGUGAAGAUCUUUCAUGUCCAUUUUUAAAAUCAGCAUCCAUUACACUUCGACGUGUUACUAUGGAUCAAGAUACGAUUGAAGUUAAUCGUAAAUUAGAUAAAAUUACACGUCCAAUAACACCGUUAAACAAUGACAAUGUAAAAUCAUUUGAAUAUAAUAGUUUCUUUGAUGAAAAAAUUGAAGCAAAAAAACGCGAUAAUUCUUAUCGAGUUUUUAAACGUGUACAACGUAAAAGUGGUAUUUUUCCUCAAGCUGAAGAAAUGAAAAAUCUUGAUGACGAUACUGACUCACGUACGAUUACUGUUUGGUGUAGUAAUGACUAUCUUGGUUUAGGUCAACAUCCAAAAAUGAAAAAAGCAGUCAUUGACGCAGUAACUGCACAUGGUUCUGGUUCAGGUGGUACACGUAAUAUAUCUGGUACAAGUCCUUUACAUGAAAAACUUGAAGACCAAUUAGCACGUCUUCAUCAAAAAGAAUCAGCACUUAUAUUUACAUCAUGUUAUGUUGCUAAUGAUACAACAUUAUAUACAUUAGCUAAAGGUUUACCAGGUUGUCAUAUAUUAUCCGAUAGUGGAAAUCAUGCAUCAAUGAUUCAAGGUAUUCGAAACAGUCAAGUACCAAAACAUAUAUUUCGUCAUAAUGAUAUUGGUCAUUUGGAAGAAUUAUUAAAAAAAAUUCCACGUCAUAUACCGAAAAUUGUUGCUUUUGAAACAGUACAUUCAAUGGAUGGUUCAAUUUGUGACUUAGAAACAAUGCUUGAUGUUGCUCAUGCAUAUGGUUCAUUGACAUUUAUUGAUGAAGUACAUGCUGUAGGUUUAUAUGGGCAUAAUGGAGCAGGUAUUGGUGAACGUGAUCAUGUUCUCCAUAAAAUGGACAUUAUCUCGGGAACACUUGGUAAAGCAUUUGGUAGUAUUGGUGGUUAUAUUGCUGGAAGUUCUGAAAUGACGGAUUUUAUUCGAAGUUAUGGUUCAGGUUUUAUUUUUACAACAUCAAUGCCACCAACUGUUUUAGCUAGUGCUAUAACAGCUAUUGAAAUUUCGAAGAGCGAUGAAGGUCGUUCAUUACGUCGUAAACAACAAGAAAAUGUUCGUGAAUUACGUUCAAAAUUAAUUGAUGCUGGUUUACCAGUAAUGAUGUCACCAAGUCAUAUAAUUCCAAUUCAUGUAGGUAAUGCAGCAUUGGCAACACUUUUAUGUAAUCAUUUACUUAAUCGUUAUUCAAUCUAUAUACAAUCAAUCAAUUAUCCAACUGUUGAACGUGGUACAGAACGUUUACGAAUUGCCGCAACACCUUAUCAUACAAGUGAAAUGAUUGAUCAAUUAGUUGAUGCAUUAAAACACGUUUGGCAAGAUGUUGGUCUUAGCUUAAAAGGUGUUGAAUAUCAACAACAACUUCAACAGCAACAACAACAUGUAAUCUUAAGACAACGUGCUUAA